AUGUCAGCCAAGUCUAAGGGGAACCCCUCCUCGUCCUCUCCAGCCGAGGGGCCGCCCGCAGCCUCCAAAACGAAGGUGAAGGAACAGAUCAAGAUCAUCGUGGAGGAUCUGGAAUUAGUCCUGGGCGACCUGAAGGACGUGGCUAAGGAACUUAAGGAGGUGGUUGACCAGAUUGAUACUCUGACCUCUGACCUACAACUGGAGGAUGAGAUGACCGACAGCUCCAAAACGGACACCCUGAAUAGUAGCUCAAGCGGAACAACAGCUUCAAGCAUAGAGAAGAUCAAACUGCAGGCUAAUACACCUCUCAUUAAACCCCCAGUCAACCCGUCUGCUAUCCUCACCGUCCUGAGAAAGCCAAACCCUCCACCACCGCCUCCACGAUUGACUCCUGUGAAGUGCGACGAGCCCCACAGGGUGGUGUCAGUCAUCAAUCCUGUGAAGACCAAUGGCACUCUUCUUCGAAAUGGAGGCUUAGCAGGUGGACCAAAUAAAAUUCCAAACGGAGACAUCUGCUGCAUCCCCAAUAGUAACUUGGACAAGGUUCCAUUGCAGCCUCUGAUGCACAGACCUGAAAAAGACAGGUGUCCCCAGGCGGGGCCUCGGGAAAGAGUAAGGUUCAAUGAAAAGGUGCAGUACCAUGGCUAUUGUCCUGACUGUGAAGCUCGGUAUAACAUAAAAAACAGAGAGGUCCACUUACACAGUGAACCUGUCCACCCGCCAGGAAAGCUUCCUUACGCAGGCCUUUCCCUUCCUCCUCCAUCCCAUCUUCCUCCUUUUCCAUUAGAAAAUGGGGGUCUGGGAAUAAGCCACAGUAACAGUUUCCCCCCUCUCAGACCUGCAGCUGUGCCUCCUCCCACUGCACCAAAACCACAGAAGACGAUCUUGAGGAAAUCAACCACUACAACAGUGUGA